AUGCAUACUCUGGAGAAGGCCCAUCUUCUUCUCCCAACCCUGGGCCCAUCUCGGGGAUGCCUUGGGCUCUACCAAGGUCAGUGGCACUGUGCACGUGUCAAGCUGGCCCACAUCUUUCUGGACAACUCACCUCUCUGACCUUAGUGCAGUGUCAAGUCUAACACUAAUCACGCUCUCUUUUCUCUUUGUCCAUAGGUCCUCCUCACACUUGGCCAACCAAGGUUGGCUUAGAAGGCUCUCCCCCCUCCUAAGAAAAUGGGGACUGACAGUGAAAACCCAGUCCUGAGAAACGUGUUCAUCAGCUUCAACUUGCUGCUGCUGGGUGCUGUCCUGAAGCCGUUCGAGUGCCGGCUGGAGGUGACAACAGAGCCAGCCGAGAGGCCAGCAGUGGAUGAGGAGGUGGGCCUGGCCAACUGCAGCCCACCCAUCAAAGAGCAGCCCAUGGUCUUUCACCACAUCUACAACAUCAACGUCCCCGUGGACAGCUGCUGCUCCUCCAUGCUCAGGUCUUCGGCUGAGGAGGUGAGUUCAGAAGACGACAGGCUGGCGGAGUACACGGAGCAGACCUCUGACAGCGAGAGCCAGGUCACCUUCACCCACAGGAUAAACUUGCCCAAGCAGGCCUGUAAGUGCUCCACCUCCCUCCCGUCCCUGCAGGAGCUGCUGAGCAGGAUUGAGAUGCUGGAGAGGGAGGUCUCCAUGCUCCGGGACCAAUGCAACUCCAAUUGCUGCCAAGAAAAUGCAGCCACAGGACGCCUGGAUUACACCUUACCGUGCAGCGGUCACGGGAACUUCAGCCUUGAGUCGUGCCGCUGCGUCUGCAGCGAGGGCUGGGCGGGCAGCAACUGCUCAGAACCACGCUGCCCACGGGGCUGCUCCAGCCGUGGGGUCUGCCUGGAGGGUCAGUGCGUGUGCGACAAUGACUACGGUGGUGAGGAUUGCUCCCAGCUCCGCUGCCCCGCCGGCUGCGGCUCCCGUGGGCUCUGCGUGGAUGGAGAAUGCAUCUGCGAGGAGGGCUUCGGUGGGGAUGACUGCUCUCAGCCCCGCUGCCCCCGUGAUUGCUCGGGAAGGGGACACUGUGACAACGGCACCUGCGUGUGCGCCGAGGGCUAUGCUGGGGAGGACUGCGGGUGGCUGCGGUGUCCCAACGCCUGCAGUGGACGAGGUGUCUGCCAGGAUGGCCUCUGCGUCUGCGAGGAUGGCUACGGAGGGCAGGACUGCUCGGCAGUGGCUCCUCCUGAAAACCUGCGUGUGACAGGGAUCAGUGAUGGCUCCAUUGAGCUGGCAUGGGACAGCCCCGGAGCAGCCACUGAGUACGUGGUAUCAUACCAGCCAGCGGGGCCAGGGGGAUCCCAGCUCCAGCAGCGGGUGCCUGGGGACUGGAGCACCAUCACCAUCACGGAGCUGGAGCCAGGCGUUGCCUACAACAUCAGCAUCUACGCAGUCAUCAGCGAUGUCUUGAGCAGCCCUGUCACCACCAAGGUGACGACUAACUUGGCCACGCCGCAGGGGCUGAAGUUCAAGACCAUCACAGAGACGACUGUGGAGGUGCAGUGGGAGCCCUUCUCCUUCCCUUUCGAUGGCUGGGAGAUCAGCUUCAUCCCCAAGGUAAUGCUGCCUCACAGCACGGCAUCGUGGGGUACACCCUAA